GCAGUUUUACACUCGGUUUGUUUCGCGCUGGAUAUAUUGCAGUCGCCUCUAUAAUUCUAGCCUGCCGUUCUCCGACUUAGGAGCGCUCGUACGUAUAUAUCGGCUUAUUGUUUGCAGUCGGUUGUUGACAAACGAGCCGUAAUUAGACCAGCGUUUGAUAAGCGAUUCCGUGCGGACUGCAAAGUAAGAAAAUAACGCGAUUUGCAGUGUCGUCGUUAUAUUUACUUUCCUAGCCGUAGUCUCUCGCCUGAAUAUUUUAUUGGCGGAUAGCGAAAAUUACAGCGGAAAGGGAGUGAGGCGCAGUUUUGCAGUUGAUUGAUGCGGGCGGCGAAUAUUUGAAGAGAUUGAGUGCCAGUUGGAUUGGCUGCCGUUGCGCAACUAAACUAUUGAAGAGUUAGCAAAUAGUGGAAAAGCUCCUAUAUGGGAAUUUUUUUUAUCUGCCGCUUUACCUGUAAAAUUGUGUACCGCAUUGCAGUAGCGAAAGAUUUAGACACGUCUUCUUCACCUUCAUAAAUCGGCAUAAUUAGAGAAAAAAAAGAGAAAAAGUAACAUUGUCGCCCUUUUAUUGCCAAUAGGACGUAUCUAUCAAAUAUUUGCUGUCGCAUGUGUACGUACAGUUAGUCUAUUGAUCAGUUUGGGGUAUUUGCAAUCAAUUUUUCAUUAAUAUUUUCUUCGCUUGUAAUUAAUUUAAUCAAUCAGCUUAAGCGUUACUUAGCGACGACGCAACCGUAUACGCAGACGUAUAAAUGUGUCCUCGCUGUCUCAUUGAUUGGUAGAUCGAUGAUUUAGAAUUGUUUCUGUACACUAUGGUUGGCAUGUGUUAGCUGGUGGCUAACUUGCUUUCUGUACGCUUGAUUAAUUGUAUCGGCAAUUUGAUUUCAGGGCCUAUCAAAGCUCUUCUAAUUCUGAUGUGAUGCAACAAAGGACUGAUCAUGGGAAAAGCAUCUAGUAAGAGUAAACUGAGUAAGGAAGAUUUGGACUUUUUACUCACCAACACAAACUUUAACAAACGCCAGAUAAAGCAGUGGUAUAAGGGCUUUAUGCGCGAUUGCCCAUCUGGUCAACUGACUAGAAAGAAAUUCCUCGAAGUCUACUCGGGUUUCUUCCCAGAAGGAAAUGCCGAAAAAUUCUGCGAGCAUGUCUUUCGAACCUUCGAUUCGGAUAAUUCGGGCAGAAUCGAUUUCAAGGAGUUCCUAUUAGCCAUUAAUAUAACUUCAGCCGGUAAACCCGAAGAGAAGUUAGAAUGGGCGUUCCAGAUGUACGAUAUAAACGGUGAUGGGACGAUCGACGUGAAGGAGAUGGUGGAAAUUAUUACGGCUAUUUACAAUAUGGUUAGCUCGUCUCUGGCGCAAAAUAAUCCAGAGGAUACACCAGAACGACGGACUGCGGAAAUCUUUGAUAAGAUGGACGAAAAUAAGGACGGAGUUUUAAGCAAAGAAGAAUUUAUCAAAGGCUGCAUGAACGAUCAGUUCCUUUAUCAGAUGCUCACUGCAGACCAGUCCGGCUUCGAACAGUGA